AUGAAUAAUUAAAGAAUUUGGAACAAGGUAGACUAAAACUAUUCAAAUUGUACUCAUGGUUUACGUUUAAAGCUCUUGAAAUCAGGUAAGAAUUGCCACAUUGUCUACAUACUCUGCACAGAAAAGCAGAUAAUGCUAUUUAAAGAUGAUGAUUUAACAAAACCUUACAAAUAUUUACCCAUAAACUUUGAAUAUAGGUUUCAGGUUGUAAGAACUCCUCCGGUGUUAAUAAACCCGUCUCUUUCUGAAAACAAGGGGGAAAAUGUUAUAUCCCUGGGAGAAAUACUUGCUAUACGAUUUAUCCGGGAUAACGUAGAGAAGUGGAGUGAAUUCAGGGGGUCAGUGAGUGAUUUGGAGUAUUUGAGACAGUUUUUGGGAAAGAAGAUGAACUAAACUGGAUUUCAUUAGUAUUUUAAGGUGUACAAAAAAAUAGGGAAAGGGAGCUUUGCUUCGGUGUAUUUGGCACAGCGGAUAGAGGAUGGAACAAAGAUGGCUGUGAAGGCGUUCUGUAAGAAUGCAGUUUAUAAGGAGGAGAAUGGAAAGGAAGGGUUAAUUAAUGAAAUUCAAAUAAUGAGAAUUCUGGAUCAUCCUAACUUAAUGAAACUGUAUGAAGUUUACGAAACACAAAAUUCUAUCUACAUGUGUUUGGAGUUAUUAGAAGGAGAUCAAUUAUACGGCUUGUUCAAGAUGAAGAGAUCCUUUAGUGCUCAGCAAAUACACUCAAUAAUGAAAGGAUUGUUGGAAGGCUUGAAUUACAUUCACAGUAUGGGAAUAAUGCACAGAGAUCUUAAGCUCGAAAAUAUCUUAUUCAAAGAGCCAGAUAAUUACGAUUCCGUGGUGAUAGCUGAUUUCGGAUUGGCAACCAGGGUCGAUUAGAAGCCAUUUCUGUACACCAAAUGUGGAACUCCUGGAUUUGUUGCUCCGGAAGUUAUCAAUUUGAAGGAUGAGUAAUUAUGUUAUGGCUCGGUUUGCGACAUGUAUUCGUUAGGAGUGAUCCUAUAUAUCUUGAUUACAGGACAACCGGUGUUCAAGGGCAAGAGUUAUAAUACCAUAGUGAGGAGGAAUCGAGAAGCCAUUGUAGAUUUUCAAACUGAAAAACUUAAUUAAGUAUCGGAUAAUUAGAGAAGCUUAUUGAUUAAGAUGCUCCAGGCAGACCCAGAUUUAAGGAUCACUUCCAAACAGGCUUUGAUGCAUGAAUACUUCUGCGCCUAUUACGAAGAGGAAUUUGCUCAGAUGUACACUGAUGAUGACCCACACUUGGGGGAGAUGCUCGUUAAAUUGAAUGCCGAGUAUAUUCGAUUGGAUAUGGAAAGGCUGAAGAGAUCCAAUGAUGAGAAUGACAUUUGCAAGACUGAGGAUCUGAAGGUUGACUAGAGUUAGGAAAAGAACGAUUUCCUCAAAAUCAUCAUGAGAACUCCAGUCAUUACUGGAAGAACCAGAUCUAUUGAGAAUUCUCCCUUUAAUGGGUUUUAAUCGCCCAACCAAGAUACUCAUAUCCCUCACAUCUAAUAAAUUUAAGCCAAUUGGAUCAAACCCUUGGCUUUAUAACAUUGA